GACUUCACGCUUCUCUUUGAACAGAGCAUGCUCGGGAUUCUCCCCGCGGCGAUCUUCCUGCUUGUCUCUCCACCACGUGUUGGCUACCUCAUCAAACAAGAUGUGCGAGUGCGGCACAAUUCUUUGCGGCUUGUCAAGCUGGUCGCGACCUUGACUUUUGCGAUAAUCCAACUCAUACUCCUUGUGUGCUGGAUUCGUCAUGCUAUACCUACCACCCCAGCUUCAGUGCCUGCAGCUGCAAUCAAUUUCGUCGUGGCAACGGAGCUCCUUGUGCUGUGCUGGCUAGAAGAUGGUCGCUCAGCAAGACCUUCUACGCUUCUCACGGCAUAUCUUGUCAUUACCCUGCUAUUCGAUAUAGCUCAGGUCCGGACUCUAUGGCUACGUCGUCCGACAGCGACCCUCCUUCCUGCGAUCUUCACUACAAGCAUAGGCUCCAAGGUCAUGAUGCUGCUGCUUGAGAGUCUUGGCAAGCAACGCUUUCUCACUGAGAAAUACCGAGAUUUACCUCCUGAAUCGACCAGUGGGAUAAUCAAUCGGUCGUUGAUGUGGUGGCUAAAUCGUAUGUUUGUCACCGGAUCGCGACGCUUGCUUACAAUCGAUGAUAUGGAUGGUCUGGAUCAAAAGUUAUGCUCCACGGCUGUCACUAAGAAUGCUCAACAUGCUUGGGCCAAGCGACGAAGUCCAGCACGGCGUUUUGAGUUUCCAUGGAAGAUCUGCCAAGCCCUUUGGAAGCCCUUGUUGAUGGCUGUCUUUCCACGAGUCUGCCUGAUAGGUUUCACCUUUGCCCAGCCUUUCCUGAUUGCCUCGCUACUUGACUGGCUUGAUAGCGGGCAACAUACCGAACAAGGUCACGGCCUGAUUGCGGCCACGGUUCUGGUUUACCUAGGCCUUGCCAUCUCAACGCUCCAUUCCAAUCAUCUCCUUUACCGUUUCACCACAAUGUUCCGAGGGGCGGCGUCUUCGCUGGUGUACGAGCACAUGCUCUGCAUCCCGGAUGGUAGAAUCGAAGACCGAUCGGCCGCAAUGACCCGGAUGACCACCGAUAUCGACCGGAUUUCCGCCUGCCUCGUCCAGCUACAUGAAUGCUGGGCGCGCACCUUCGAGGUUGCGAUUGGUAUUGCCUUACUCACGCUUCGCCUAGAAUGGGUGAGUGUAGUGCCUCUGGUCAUCGUUAUUGUCUCUAGCCUUGGCAGCACUUAUAUAUCGAAGAAUAUCGGACACCGUCAAAAGGAGUGGGUGGAUGCGGUGCAGAAGCGCAUUGCUGUCAUCACUUCAGUACUUACAGAGAUUCAGACGGUUAAGCGCAUGGGAUUAAGCAGGCCCUUGACUCGAAUCAUCCAGGAGAAACGAGUCAGCGAAACACGGCAGAUGUCGUCCUUUCGAUGGAACUUUGUCUGGCAAAAUAUGAUCCAAAAUAUGCCUUGGGCACUAGCACCUGCGCUAACAUUUGCAGCUUUUGUUGCGCAAGGCCACUCGCUGGAUUUCACAAAGACGUUCACUAGUCUGUCGAUAAUCACCCUCUUGACUAAUCCGGCCGCAAAGCUUCUGAGUGCGAUCCCGUCUACGGCAUCGUCCCUAGGUUGUUUUGAUAGGAUCCAAGACUUUCUCCUAAUUCCGGCCGAUACUGACUCUCGGAAAGAUGAUCAGAGUGAGAAGAUGAGCGACUCCGUUAGUACACAGAUGCGGAUCAAUGCUUCAGAGCAAUAUUUACUGCGAACGAAGAUCCCCUCUAAGAUGAGGUCAGCCGUGGUGGAUUUUGAGAAUGCUGACAUUCGUCCAGUACUAGCGUCAAAGGUCUUGCUGAAAGGGAUCAACUUCCAAGCCCCAAGGGGAACCUUUUCCACAAUUCGCGGCCCGGUAGGGUCGGGAAAAAGCACUCUGCUCCGAGCCAUCCUUGGUCAAGCUGUAUGCGAAACGGGGUCGAUAAAGGUGGCCACUCGCCAAAUCGCUUAUUGCGCGCAGCGGCCAUGGCUGCCGAGCACCACCAUACGUAAUGCAAUAUGUGGAAUCGUGACAACUGGUACCGAAAGGUCGCAGCCCUUCGACUCCGGAUGGUACCAAACUGCGCUUCAUGCCUGUGCUCUCGACCAGGACUUGCAAUCUCUUCCUGAGGGGGAUGGCAUGCAAAUUAGCAGUGGUUUGGGCACUAGUCUAAGUGGUGGGCAAAUGGCUCGCAUUGCUCUGGCUCGGGCGGUGUAUGCUAAGAAAGACCUUGUUCUCCUGGAUGAUGUCCUGAGUGCGUUAGACUCGAAUACGAAGAGCCUCGUACUCGAACGGCUGUUUGGGAAACAGGGUGUUUUCCGAAGGCUGAAUUCCACAGUGAUUUUCGUGACCCAUGAGACUGGAUCGCUUGCUUACGCAGACAAGUCCCUCGUCAUUUCCAAUGGGUCACUCAAACAGGAUGAUUGGGAUGGUCUCAGCUUGGCUGAACCACUCAGCUCUGAAAUGAACAUGCUCAGGGCGAGCGGAGAGAAAACCGCAAUCUCAACGAGAGAUGACGCGGUGCGAAUUGCCAAAGACAAUCAGCUCAACGAUUUGAAGCGGUCGACAGGUGACUAUCAAGUCUACAAAUAUUAUCUGCGCUCCAUCGGCUGGUCAAAGACUCUGAUGUUCCUUCUUUUCGUGACGGUCAAUGUUUUCUGUAGUACUUUCGGCCAAAUAUGGCUAGACAGAUGGGCGAGUCGUGGGAAUGAGCAAAGCUUACUCUACGUCACAGUUUAUGUUAUGCUGGCAGCAUUGAACGUCAUAAGCAUGGGUGGCUAUGUCUGGGCAAUCCUGAUACUCAUAUCACCAUCAACUGCGCGCAAGCUUCACUACGUUGUACUGAAGACUGUCAUGGGAGCAUCUACGAGUAUGCUUGCGACCAUGGACAGUGGCUCGAUUUUGAAUAGGUUCAGCCAGGACAUGACAUUGAUCGAGAGUCAAUUACCGGUCGGUCUUAUGGUCACGGUCUCGAAUCUUUUCACUGCGAUGGCGGCUGCUGCACUCAUUGCAACGGGCUCAAGUUACAUGGCUAUCACUGUGCCAUUUCUCAUUAUUGCAGUGUUUGUCGUGCAGCAUUUUUACCUGAAGACAUCCCGACAACUGCGACUCCUUGAUUUGGAGAGUCGGAGUCCGUUGUACUCACAUUAUCUGGAUACGAUCAACGGCCUCAGUACUAUCCAAGCCUUUGGCUGGGAGGAAAGGUAUCUGAAGAAGAGCUUUCAGCUGCUGGAUAUCUCGCAAAGGCCGUACUAUCUGCUCUACUGCAUUCAAAGGUGGCUCGCCUUGGUGCUAGACCUGAUCGUCGCCGCUGAAGCCAUUCUCCUUGUGAGUCUAGCUGUCCAAUUGAGGGCGUCGACUAGCAUUGGACUUCUGGGUGUCUCGCUCAACAAUAUUCUUUCUUUCAACCAAAGUCUCUCGUCCUUGAUUACUGGCUGGACACAGUUGGAGAUCUCACUUGGAUCUAUAGCGCGAAUUAAAGACUUUGAGAAGAAUAUGAAAGCUGAAGAGAUACUUGAGGACGACGAUGUUCCUGUUACUUGGCCCGACCGUGGCGUGAUUGAGUUCAAGGGGGUAACAGCGCAAUACAAUCCCUCGGCUGUUAGCCUCAAAGACGUGUCUUUUCGAGUCCGAGCCGGUCAGAAAGUUGGAAUUUGUGGUCGCACAGGAAGCGGCAAAAGCUCCCUUCUCGGAACAAUACUAGGCAUGCUCGAGAUUACCAGCGGCUCCAUCAUGGUCGACAACGUCGACCUGGCCACUAUAUCCCGCGAAGCCGUCCGCGAACGACUCGUGACGAUUUCGCAAGAGCCCCUCCUCAUACUCGGCUGCCCCGUCCGUUUCAACGCCGACCCGACCGGCCUCGUCCCCGACGCCGACAUCAUUGCCGCAUUGGACCGUGUAGGCAUCUGGCACGACGUGCUAGAUGAACGAGAAGGGGGAUUAGACGCCGAGCUUGGCUCAGCAACGCUAUCCCGGGGCCAGACCCAGUUGUUCGGUCUGGCCCGUGCGAUGCUGAAGCUGCAGCACAGCGAUAGCAAGGUUCUGCUGCUGGACGAAGCUACCAGCAACAUUGACCCGGAGACGGACGCCCAAGUGCAGGCUCUGCUGCGACAGGAGCCGUUUCGGUCGUGCUCAACCCUUACUGUGGCGCAUCGAUCGAACACCAUUGCGGACUCGGAUGUGCUUCUUGUUCUGGAGCAGGGGCGGGUGGUGGAGAUGGGAGAUCCGAGGGAGCUGGUGAGGAGAGACGGGUUUUACGCGGGGCUCGUUGCAGGGUGCUGAUGGGAUGUUAUGUUGCAUGGGGAGGUAGUCUAACUGCUAGUAUGUAUUCAUUUGGUUGUGUCGACUGUAUCCUAUUCAGGUGUGCUGCAGAUGAUGGUCGAACACAAGCUCGAUGCUGAGUGGUUAGAUAUCGAGUACGAUAUUGUGAUUGGUGUACAGUUGCACAUACAUUGAGAACGAUAUUUAUAACAACUUGAAGUUAUACUCCAAGCCCAUG